AGCAUCAAACCUAAAGUCCUUGUUCGUGACCAGGAUUCAAAGCAGAGCCCUAUAGGAGACAAUCAAUCAACACUUCCCCCCAAAAAAGUCACACUUGAGGGGCCGAAAGCGGCGCCUUUCAUUGGCAAACUGGCAGACAGCCUCCAGACGGCUCUGCUCCACAAACAUGCCGCACCGGUGGUAGAAGUACAUCAGCCGUGCGCAGCAACAAAAAAGACGCCAGACAAGGUUUUGUUUAAUAGUCAGCAAUUGAAAGCUUCUUGUCCAACAGCGAGGUCACCUUGAAUGGAAUCUAAAGCGGAGAACUGAAGCUCAGCUUUUUUUUGUUUGUUUGUUUUUUGUUUGUUUGUUUUUUUCCUCGUAUCCGUGGAGUGUGGACUGCAGCAGUCUCUCCUUCAGGAUUUAAUUUGCUCGUAAAUUCACUUUCUUGUUUGUGGAUAGCACCUGUUCACCUGGAUCUCCGUUAACACGCAUAAGGAGAGAUUUUUCGGGGAAAUAAAGAGAAAGACAGAAAAAAGUGGCCAGGCUUUUUGAGGUGAGGACUUUGGCUCAGGGUCUCGGGAGAGAUGGCGGCGUCUGCACCCUCCUCUGGCGGAGAAGCGGAUCCCAACUCGACAAAUUUAUGGCCACCGGGCUCAAGCUAUGAUGCGUGGUGUGGGGUUGCUCAUGGAUGCACUAGAAAACUGGGAAUGAAAAUAUGUGGAUUCUUACAGAAGAAUAACAGCCUGGAGGAAAGAAGCAGAAUUGUAAGCUCCUUCAAGGAGCGCACAGCCAAAAACCUGCUUUCCUGCGAUAACAUCGGAGGAGAUGCGCAUUUCAGGCGAACAGAAACCGACUUCUCCAACCUUUUCGCCAGAGAUCUGUUACCUGCCAAAAAUGGAGAGGAGCCCACAAUGCAGUUCUUGCUUGAGGUUGUGGAAAUCCUCACCAACUACAUCCGGAAGACUUUUGACAGAUCCACCAAAGUGUUGGACUUCCACCACCCCCACCAGCUGCUGGAGGGCAUGGAGGGCUUCAACCUGGAGCUGUCUGACCAGCCCGAGUCUCUGGAGCAGAUCCUGGUGGACUGCAGGGACACCCUGAAGUAUGGAGUGAGAACAGGUCACCCCAGGUUCUUCAACCAGCUGUCCACUGGAUUAGACAUUGUUGGUUUGGCAGGGGAGUGGCUCACUUCUACAGCCAACACUAAUAUGUUUACUUAUGAGAUUGCCCCUGUUUUUGUGCUAAUGGAGCAGUUGACACUCAAAAAGAUGCGAGAGAUCAUCGGCUGGCCGAGUGGAGAGGGGGAUGGAAUAUUUUCUCCAGGAGGUGCCAUUUCCAACAUGUACAGUGUGAUGAUCGCCAGAUACAAGUUCUUCCCUGAAGUCAAGACCAAAGGCAUGGCGGCUGCACCCCGACUGGUCCUUUUCACCUCAGAGCAUAGCCACUAUUCAAUCAAAAAAGCAAGCGCUGCUUUAGGCUUUGGAACAGAGAACCUGAUCCUUCUGAAAACAGACGAGAGAGGGAGAGUUAUACCUGCUGAUUUAGAAGCCAAAGUAAUUGAAGUCAAGCAAAAGGGUUAUGUCCCAAUGUUUGUAAAUGCCACCGCUGGUACCACUGUCUACGGGGCCUUCGACCCCAUCAAUGAAAUCGCAGACAUCUGUGAGAAGUACAACAUGUGGCUUCAUGUGGAUGGUGCAUGGGGAGGAGGUUUGUUGAUGUCCAGGAAGCACAGGCACAAGCUGAAUGGAGUAGAAAGGGCUAACUCAGUCACCUGGAAUCCUCACAAGAUGAUGGGAGUGCCACUGCAGUGCUCUGCUAUUCUGGUCAGGGAGAGGGGCUUGUUACAAGGCUGCAACUCUAUGUGUGCGGGCUAUCUCUUCCAGCCAGACAAACAGUACGAUGUUACAUAUGACACAGGCGACAAAGCUAUUCAGUGUGGACGGCAUGUUGAUAUCUUCAAAUUCUGGCUCAUGUGGAAGGCAAAGGGAACAGUAGGAUUUGAGCAGCACAUUGACAAGUGCCUGGACCUGUCAGCAUACCUCUACCAUAAAAUAAAAAACAGAGAGGGCUAUGAGAUGGUGUUCAAUAGUGAGCCACAGCACACUAAUGUCUGCUUCUGGUACAUUCCACCGAGCCUGCGUGGCUUGCCUGAUGGUGAGGAGAAGCGUGACAGGCUGCACAAGGUGGCCCCUAAGAUCAAAGCAAUGAUGAUGGAGUCAGGGACUACGAUGGUGGGCUACCAGCCACAAGGAGACAAAGUCAACUUCUUCAGAAUGGUCAUCUCCAACGCUGCUGCCACCAGGUCAGACAUCGACUUCCUGAUUGAAGAGAUUGAGCGACUUGGGCAAGACUUGUAAGAGCCACCUGUAAAGUGAAACAUUUCAAAACCAUGUUUUUCUUUUCCAAGUCUUAAGAACCUCAAGCUUAGCUUUGUGUCUCCUUUGUCCCAUGAAGACGUUGAGAUUUUCUGGCAAUGCACAACAAACAAUGAUAUACAAAGUGUGUUUCUGUCAAUUCUGUCUUUAGCAACAGUGAUACUCAAAACAUUUGCACACAAGGUUCUCUAAAGUAAAAAAGGGUGAGCACAGUGGGAUUCUUACUAAAGUGGAUGUGCGUAAAGUGGAAACAUACCACAAUGUAAAUGUGAUUAGUUUAAUAAGGAGUCCUCUGUGUACAUGAGGACAGCCACCCUUUUCUAAAGAAAGAAAGAAAAGCGAGAGGAAAAAACUGUCACAACCCCUCUAAUGUUGCUUUUGAACCAGGUUUAUAUAAUUUGCAAGUCCUGCUUUAAUUAUUUGCGUUUUAGACAGAUUUCCCACUUCUUUUAAAACAGCUGAUGAUUCUGUACAUAGCAGCACUGAAGAAUGUCCUGAAACUGUCAGUCAGUACCCAAAACAGAAUCAAAUGUUGAUGACUUUCAGCAGUAAUAGAGCACUUUGUAGGAAACCUUAUAGCAUUAACAUUAACAGCAUUAAAGAGAAUAUAUAACAUGUAAUUAUUAAGAUAUAUAUGGUUAUUAUCAAGCCAGAUGUGCCAGAACAUCAUAGCUUUUAUAUUCCCUUAAAAUUACAAGUUGGACCAUAGAACACAGUCCCUGUAAGAAGCACCGUUACUGAUGUGUUUUUAGACUUUUGUGUAGAUUGUGUAUAUUAUUGUUACAUUGCCUUUGUGCCAAAUGUGUCCUAGUUUUACAGUGAACAAAUUCUAUAUGUAAAUCAACCAUGAAGUACAUUAUGUGAUAGACUAAUAACUCAAUUUAUAUUGAGAGACUAUAAUUGUGAAUAGUUUAUCUGCUCUUUUUUCCAUUUGUAAUGUAUCCUUCUUCCUGUUUGGAAACUCUGCUGUAUUAUAUCGUAUAAUGUUUUGGAUAAUGUCUUUUAGUGUAUUUGUGAACCAAAGAAGGGUUGAGUUAGAUUAAAGAAUAUGUAUGUAGCCCUUAUUCUCCCUUAUGGACAAAUUCAGAUGUUUAUAUAAGAAUGCCUAAUUUACUGCCAUUAACUUUAGUGCAAUCUAUAUUGUGUAACUGUGCAAUGUCAUUGUGAUUCACUGACUGAUUGUUGGCAAAACAUUCUGCUUAAAGACCUGCAGUCAGCUGCGGCUGCUGGUGUUUUAUAAAGGAUAAAAAGCACAAUGCUAACUCAUGAAUGUGGGGCAGCUUUAAAUAUUGGGACAUAUGAUUGUCUCUGUAUGAUAAUAUGUGAUGUGGAGUGAAACAAUAAUAUGCAAAAUUUUGUUUGGUACAACAUGCUUUCAAUAGGCACACUUUAAUGUUAAGGAAAACUAUGUAAUCACUUAUCAUGAAGCAUUUUUGCUUGAACAAUGAAAUGCAAAGUGUUUGCAACUGUAUUAACACGUAUUAUACAAUUGUACAUUCCUAAAUAUGGUGGGAAUAAAUUUCCCUUAUAGUAUUCCAUGUAGGCACUUUACCAGAAUUAUAUUACUGCUGUAUCCACUAAUAAAGACAUGAGCUGUAGAACA